GCGGGGAACGAUACAAAACACUCCGCGAAAAGACGCGGCGCUCCAGAAAAGUGACAAGUCGGAGUCGAGUCAGUGACAGCGUCUUGACAGGCAGAGGUCAGGGCCCGAGAACGCGCCUGCGCACAACGCGAACUCUGCACUUGCUGGAUUCUUCCUGCAGUUCCUUGACUUUUCCAAAGCACGUGGACAUCCACCCGGGUUCAUGUGUGACAUAUACAGCCUGGACCCUCACCGCGCGUCUCCACAAUGCAACAUGAGCUGGGCGAUGGAGCCUGCGAACUUCUAUGAGAGCCCCAGCCUGGGCGGCCCCCAGCAGGGGGUCUGCAAGCCCGGCGGCCGCGCGGAGGAAGAGAGCACGCUGGUGGAGAUGAGCACCACGCCCGCCAUGUACGAGGACGAGAGCGCCAUCGACUUCAGCCAGUACAUCGAGUCCAUGACGUCCGUGCCCAACCUGGAGCUGUGCAACGACGAGCUCUUCCUCGACCUGUUCAACUCCGUCAAGCAGGAGAAGGCGGACCUGUACGCCCUGCAGAGCUCCAUGCAGCAGCAGCAGCUGCCGGCCGGCUACGCGGCGGACCGGAGGCUGGAGAAGGGCGGCUUCGGGGCGCCCAUCAAGCAGGAGUCCGACUGGAGCGACAGCGACCUGUCCUCCUCCCUGCCGUCCCAGAUCGAGACGUGCGCGCAGACCUCCGUCAGCCUGACGACGGGGCAGCCCACCCCGCCCACCACCCCGGAGCCCGUCUCCGCGGUCAGCUCCGCCAAGUCCUCCCCGAGGAAGAUGGGCCGGGAGAAGGGCAAGAAGUCGGUGGACCGCUUCAGCGUGGAGUACCGGCAGCGGCGGGAGCGGAAUAACAUUGCGGUGCGCAAAAGCAGGGACAAAGCCAAGAGGCGCAACCUGGAGAUGCAGGACAAGCUGAUCGAACUGAGCGCCGAGAACGAGAAGCUCCACAAAACCAUCGAGCAGCUGACCCGGGAGCUCACCGGCCUCCGGGACUUCUUCAAGCAGAUCCCCAGCGCCCCGUUCGCGGGCUCAGAGAGCCGGUGACGAAACUGUGAACCAAGCUCCAAGGAGACAUACCUCAGAACUCUUUACCAUCUGUAACAGAUGCAUUUUUAAGCUUACCAUAAUGGCACUGGAAAAUAUGAGGUUGCUGCCAUAUUUUUCGUGGGAUUUUUCUCUGUAUUAAAUUAUUUUACCACUGCAUUUACAUGUUAAACCAAAAUAUGGUACACGUUUUUAUAAUUCCAAAACUUUGUAUAAGAGCCAGAGCAUGACUUUUUAUAUAGUUUGUAUGAAACAUAUUGUUUAUGGAAUCUGUUAAUAAAGUUGUUGAAAAAGUGCAA